AUUAAUAACAUAGGUAAUAAUUGAAAAUUUCAUUGUAUAAAUUCGGCAUUAUCUUCAGGUGUUUUGUAAAACAGGGUGUGUGUUUAACAUGGUUUGAUUUUCGACCAAUAUAAAGAGAUAUGCACACAAAUUAUUUUCCGUGAUGCUCUCUUCAUCACUUCAUCACUCGUUUAAGGUAUUCAUUUUUCAUUUGCAUUCGAAUGUGAUCACUUAAUACAACUGACUGACUGACUGACUGACUAAUUGAUUCAAUCAAAAUUCCUGAUCGAAACAAAUAAACAGAAAAAAAAUCAUGGCACCAAAUGAACAACGAAUGUAUGUUAAUGGACGUGGUAAAGCAAGUAUUCGUAUGGAAUAUUCAAAUAAAAUAUUAUUAGUAGCUCGAAUUAAUUUUAGUCAAUCAGAAACAUUUAAAAAAACUUGGCAUGUUAAAAUACCGGCUGUAAAAGAAUUAUUAUUAAACGAAUCAAAUCCAAUGCCUGAAUAUAGUAAUUUUUCAUUCUAUCUUAAUCGAUCUGAUUGGUUGGAUUAUGUUGCUACACGUAUUAAAAUUGCCGAUCAAAAAUCUAAAUUGAAUGAUCCAGAUGUAAAAACAUUGAAUGAAUAUGGAGAAAUUGAACGAAUUUCAAUUGAUUAUUUGUAA